AUGGAUCCCAUGUUGCACCUCCUUCGAAGUCCCCGAUAUCUGCCUACGGGUGUACUCGCCGCAUUGGCAGAGCGGAUUGGCCGGACUUAUCCCGCGUUGAUCAGCAAAGCAGAUGAACCGAUCACACGGGUAGCAUUUGUAAUAUGGCCGGCCUGCAUUGCCAUUCGCGUUCUCUUCUUUGACUUUCAGUCUCAUGCCAUCUUCGUAGCAUCUAGGGCAUCUUGGGGUCUGGAGUCUGGUGAUCGUCAUCGCUGUAGUCGUGAUAUGCUCGGUCUGCCGUAG